AUGUGCAAAUAUGCACUAAUAAAUAAAUGCGAUAGAGGAGAAAAUUGUACAUUUGCACAUGAUAUAAAUGAAUUACGAAUAAAACCAGAUAUGCGAAAAACAAAAUUAUGCAAGAGUUAUAUUUUAGGAAAAUGUACUGACCAUAGUUGCAUAUAUGCUCACUCUGUGAACGAAUUAAGGGAAGUAGGGAAGCCCGCCAUUUGCCAACUCCACCGAGAGGGGCGAUGCAUAAAGGGGAACCAGUGUAGAUUCGCACACUCAAUAAAUGACAUAAACACAAAACUGGUUCAAUUUUACGAUUGUGAAGAUAAUAUAGUUAGUGAAAUUAAUAAUAUAUCAAAUUGUGAUAAUAAUUCUUUAAAUAAAAUAAGUAAAGAAAAACAAUUAAUGGUGAACAAUAUGAAAAAUAAUAAUUCCAAUUUUGAAAUAGAAUGUAAUAUAAUUAAUAAAAGAAAUGAAUUAUUAGAUUGUAUGUUAAUGGAAAACGAUUCUAAUUCAUCAGUUUUAUCAAAAAAUAUUGUUAUUCGAAAUUUUGUGACAAAAAAUAUGCAAAACAAUGGACAAAAUAAUGGGCAAAACAAUGGGCAAAACAAUGGACAAAAUAAUGGGCAUAAUGCAUAUCGGACAAAUUUGGUAAAAACUGAAUCCAAUAUUUUAGGAUAUAAUGUAUAUAUAAAUGAUAAAAAAAAUGAUAUUAAUAAUCAAAAUGAAAUAAUAAAAGAUACAAAGCUAUCAAUAAUAAAUAUUAAUGAUAAUGUAAAAAAUAAUCGAAAAAAAAAUAAUUUAGUUUCAAUUUCUGGUGAUAAGAAUGAAAAAAAUAUAUUAAAUCAUGGAUGUGAUUCAAAAAUAGAAGAUAAUAUUUCCAUUUUAAGACCAUCUCUCAAUUUUCAAAAAAAAAUAAAAUUUAAUUAUGGAGAAGAAAAUAUAAUAAAUAAUAAUUUGGGGCUUAAAUAUAACAAUAUACAGAAUAUGUCAAAUAAUAAUAUAUUAGAUAAUUAUAACAAUAUGAAUAACAUGAUAGAUGUAAAUUAUUAUGAUAAAAAAGAUAAUUUAAAUUAUAUGAAUCUAUGUUAUAAUGAUAAUCAAGAAGAUAUGUCUGUUGAAACAAAAUUUAAUAAAUAUGAUAGAAUCAAAAAUGAUAAUAAAUUAAAUAUAAAUUUAUUUGAAAAAGAAAAAAUAAAUUUAACUAAAGAUGAAGCAUCAUACUUUCAAAUUGAAAAUAAGACAAAAGAUAAAACAUAUAAUUAUAAAUUAAAAAAAUGUUAUAGAAAUGAUUAUUUAUUAAAUAGUCGAGAAAACGUUAUAUAUGAUUAUGAUGGAUAUAUAUCUAGUAGUAGAAUAGAUAAUAAAUAUGAGAAUAUUAGUACAUGUUUUGAUUUAAAAAAUAAAAAAACAAAUUUAGGAAAUAAUAUAAAUUAUUUUGAUAAAAAGGAUUUAAAAAAUAAUGAUUUAUUUUAUUCAGGGUUUAGAGAAAUGUGUGAAUUUAAUUUGGGGAGUAACAAUGAGGGUAAUAAUACAAAUUGUAUAGAUGCAGUAAUGGGUUCAAUGAAUAUAGGAAAUGGGUUCGAAUUACAUCUAACAAAUCCAAACUAUGAAGAUAUUGAUAAAGAAAAAGAACAAUAUGAGUUGGAAAAUAAAUAUAAAAUUGUGGAACCAAACAAGGAUAAUGAAAAUGAUAAAAGAGAGAUAGAUUUUAUAAUAUAUAAAGAGCAUCAAAAUGAAAAAAUGUCGAAGAAUGGUCAGGUAAGCAAGGCAAAUGCGCUUUUAAAUAACGAUGACAAUGAAAAUGGUAAUGAUAAUGACAAUGAAAAUGGUAAUGAAAAUGGGAAUGGCAAUGGCAAUAGUGAUAAUAGUGAAAAAUAUUUAAACAUGGCUAUACAAAACAUCUCGAGAAUUUCGGCAUCUAAUUUUGUUGAAAAUAAUUUUAAAUAUACAAAAGAUAAAGAGAAAAAUAGCACAGAAGAAUUGGGCAAGCCCAACUCGAAUUUUUCAGAAAUUGAUGCAAAUUCCGGUUUUAAAUUAGCAGAGAUUGAUACAAAUUCCGGUUUUAAAUUAGCAGAGAUUGAUACAAAUUCCGGUUUUAAAUUAACAGAGAUUGAUACAAAUUCCGGUUUUAAAUUAACAGAAAUUGAUACAAAUUCCGGUUUUAAAUUAACAGAAAUUGAUGAUUGUGUCGAGUUUGGAGUGGAAAGUGGUGCAGUAGAAAAUGGCAUAAAUGAAUCAUAUUUAAAAGUUGGAAAGGUUGAAAAAAUUGGCAAAGUUGAAAAAAUUGGCAAAGUUGGAAAGGUUGGCAAAAUUGGAAAGGUUGGCAAAGUUGGAAAGGUUGGAAAAAUUGGCGAGACCGAAACGAGAAUGAUAAGCAAUGAUUGUUUUGACGAAAAUAAAAAUGAAUAUUUAGAUCAUAUUAAAAUGAGUGGAAUAGGAAACAAUAAUAUGGAGAUGAAUAAAAUUAAAAAUAGCAUACGUUAUGAGAAUAAUGGAAAUAACUAUUUUGAAAAUGAUAUGUAUUUAAAAAAAUAUAUAUUUAAAUGUGACGAAAGAAAAAUAAUAAAUGAAGAUAAUAAUUUUGAUAUAUAUAUAAAUAGAAAUUAUAUAGACAAAAUUCCUAAAACAAAAAAUAACAAUUUAAUUAUCUCAAAAUCGAUUCAAACAUCAAUGAAUCAAGAUAUGAUCACAUCUAAUCAAAAUAAGAUGAACACAUUUAACAAUUUGAAUGACAAUAAUAAUAGAAGUAAAGAGAAUUCUAUAAAUAUUCUGAAUUGCUUUAGAGAUAUAAUGAAUCCAGUAGAAUCAACAAAUAAACUUAAUAAUUUUGAUAAAAAAAUAAAAAAAAAAAAAAAUGAAGAAAUAUAUGAAAAUGAAUAUUUAAAAAAAGAAAAUAUAUAUGAUGAUUCAGAUAGAUGUGAGAAUUAUUCUAUAGAGAAAAUAAAUAACGAAAUUGAAAAUGUAUACGAUUAUAAUUGUGAUGAAAAUCAUAAUUUGAAUGAUAUUAAAAAAUUAACAACAACAAAUAGUAAAAUUAAUUAUAUGGAACUUAAUAAAAAUAUCAAAAAAAAUUCGAUGGAAAAUCUAAACUAUAUUUCAACAUUUGAUUGUUGUAGAGGAAAUGUAAAUCUUAAAAAUAAACAAAAUGAAAUAAAUAAAUGUUUAAUGGCAAAAGAAGAUUAUAACGGUUUUUAUGACAAUUAUAAAAAUGACGUUGCGGCGUCUAUUUUGCAAAAGGGGCAUGGCAAUGCUGGUAAUGGCGAUGGCAACAGUGUUUGCAACGGCAUGGGAAUAAAAAAGGGCUGCUUGCUAAUUCAUAAUGAAGAGUCAAAUAAGUUAGAUAAUAAGUUCGAAAUUAUAAAUAAUAGAAAAGAAAAAAGGAAUGGAAGUAUUAUAAAAGGAAUUUUAUCAAAAUUUAGUGAAAUGAAUAAUGAUGAAAAUGGAAACGAAUUAAAUAGUAUAGAAAUAAAACAUAGUUCAACAAAAACAUUAACUUCGAAUAUAUAUGAAAAUGAAAAUGAAAAUGAAAAUGAAGAUGAAAAUGAAGAUGAAAAUGAAAAUGAAAAUGAAAAUUUUUCAAAUAAUUGUUUGUUUGAAGUGCAAAGAUAUUUUGAUUUGCCAUGGGCUUGUGAAAAAAAAGAAAUAGAAAAUAGCAACACUUAUAAUAGCAAUAAUUACAAUAGCAAUAAUUAUAAUAGCAACACUUAUAAUAGCAAUAAUUAUAGUAGCAAUAAUUAUAGUAGCAAUAAUAAAUGUGGUUUUUACGAGAGUUAUAAAAAUAAAACAAAUAAACAAAAAAAUAAUAAUAAUUUUAAAGACAAUGUUAAUAAAAAUGAUGAAAUGAUUUAUAGUUAUAUGAAUCAGGAAUAUAAUAUGUUAUUACAAAAUGAUAAUGAUAUUGAAAAUUUAAUAAUAAAUAGGAAUUGUUUAAAUAAUUUGAGUAAUGGUUAUCAGAAUAACAUUUAUAACAGUAGCGAUUUUUGGGAACAGCCACAUCUUUUUAAUUAUGAAAAUGUGAAUGAGACGAAUAAUAACAAAGAUAUAUAUUUCGAUAAUAAUUUUUUUUUCGAAAAUAAAGAUUUUCCUCUAGAUGAUGAUACUGAAUAUUCGAUCAAUUUUUCUGGCGACAUGGUUUUUAAUUUUGCAAAGAGUGCCGAAUAG